AUGGCUGCGUUCAACUGGAAGCUUACAAUCAUUAUCUCUGUCGUGCUGACGGUGCUCUUGGUGUCGUUGGUGAUUUGGUGGAGAAUAGCUAAGCGUGCAAAGCAGAAGAAGCGUAUGCGGGACGAACAUGAACUUCGAAAUAAAUAUCGAAAGGAACAUGAAGGAGUUGAGAACAAAGCGAAAUUGAUGGAAGAUAAAGGUCGUGCCGACAAGGACAUCCAAGGUGGAUUGGUAAUGGAUAGGAAGUCAGGAGACAAUGCGGGAGACAAGAAGGUCUUGGGAGCGAGGCCGGAGAAUGCGGCUGCAUUCGUAGCUGAUGAGUAUAAUGAUCCGGACGCGGAAGUGGACGACGAUGAUGAGGAAGAUGAGGAAGAUGAGGAUGAGGAGGGGGAGGAGGAAGAUGAGGAAGAAGAUGAGGAGGAGGUUUAA